UUUGCCAGGAAAUCUGCCGUCAUGGGCACUUCAACUCUUUUCCAAGGAGACGAAUUCAAGGGUUCCAAUCUCUGCGCCGCUCUUCCAGAAGAGUCAACUCUGCAACUCGCCGCUAACAACAUCUCACUGAUGGAUAUGAUAUAUGGGGUUCUCGGCCAAGGGGACGGUCCAACAUCACCGACUUUGCCAAUAACGGUAGAGCACAACUUGAGCAAAGCCAAAGUAUUGCAAUGGGCCAGUUCCCUUUCCGAGUAUCAGUCCCCGGUCGAUACGACUCCUCCGCCAAUAUACCCUGAAUAUGACCACUCUACACCCCAGAGUCCGUCUCCCAUGGGAUCGAUGUUUUCGGAUUCUUCAAGCCACAAUUCGAGUUCAGGUCCUAAAACACCAACUCGUACAAAUCCCGUUCCAAUGAUUCGGAAGAAGUUCAGCUGGGAAAAGGCAGAGAGAACUCCAAAUCCAACGACGAAAAGACCAUCAACAAGCCACAACCGUACGAACUCGUCCCCGUCACCCAGCCCAGUUCCAGCAAUGAAAGCCACCAUUACCAGUCUAGUGGAUGACUUCAUGCCAGGAUUCGUACCAGACUUCGAGCCGGCUCCAGUCAAAACGAAGCACACAAAACCUCCCGUUCUCAGGAUCUCUACUAAAGUGCCUCCGUAUCCAGUCGCCCCGACUUCCAGACGCCCUGAGCUCGUCUACCCUCCUUCAUUGCAGCAUGGACCUCAAGUCGCUCAUCUUGUAUCUCCCCAAUCAUCAACCCACAGCUCUCCACUCAGACGCUCAUCAGAGAUCAGGAAGAGUCCCCUCAAACAUUUGCACGGGAAUUUCUCCCCUCUCAGACAAUCAGUGCCUCAUCCACCAGGGAGUACUCUCAGCCAAGAACGCCCUCGUCUUCAAGCUAGACAUUCGAUCUCAUCGUCUCCUAACAGACCAGCUCACGUCGAUGGCAGCCUCCGAGGUGGCCCAAGGCCGCCGGUCUUAUCAGUGGUUAUUGAAGAGCGCCCACAGAUUCCAAGUACGAGUGCUUCAGUGUACUCAUCAGCGACUCGCAAACCGUACGACAACAAAGGCCAGUACCGAAGGAAGAGUACGACCACACCCUCACCCGCAACGAUGCUUUUGAUGACCCCAGAAUACCUUCGGAAUCAAGCCAGAUAUUCGAUGAUGCCUCUUCCUUUAAGGCCUCUUCGGACGGAGCAGCGCAUCCUUUCCCCAACCAGAGUUCCACCCAGUAUUCCUGUCGAUAUCGUGCAUAAAAUGCCAUCCCCAACCAGACCACCACCCAGUAUACCUCUCGAAACCGAACAACAGGUGCCUAGUCAAAUCAAACACUCAUUAAUGCCUCUACCCAACAAGCAUUUUCUAGUGGAGCAACAGAAAGAGGCCCCGAUCAGGCACUCAUUACCAGCACCGGCGAGAAGAACACAGCAGGAAUUAGAGGCGAUCCCAGAACCGGCCUCGGCCAAACCAGGAGAGCCAACAGUCUUUGGGACAGAUCUUGGCAUUUGGGACACGAAAGGACUCUUUGCGGGGGAGCAGGGACUGCAGUUCAUGAUGUCGAGGCGAGUCGUCAACAUGUCGAAAAUGGAGUGGGAGAUCCUGAGUCCAGGUGGAUCUCGCGUCUUAAAAUGCUAUGAACAGACGAAUACGCUGAGCAGGAGACGGGAUUUCUUUGAUGCGGAAGGAAAUCAACUCUUUGAUUUCCAGAAGAGAAUUGGGAGUACGAGGACUGCUGAGUGCCCAAGGGGCUCAACUUUGUUUGUCAUUAAGAAUGGUUCAUUGCAUUUGAGCCCACACUGGACCGUGAGCUUGGGGAGCACCUACGACAAUGCUAGUACACAAUGGGUAGCAAAGGGAGAUGAAUCAAUGGGGAAUGUUAUUGUGACUUGGGGCGGAUUCGAAGUUGGUCGUAUAUCGAGCGAAUCGGGGCUCAAAAUGCAUAUGUAUCAUGUGAGUAUUGCACCGGAAAUGAACUAUGCCGUUAUGGCUGCUUUGACUGCAGUCUUGGAUGACUUAAGAACGGAUGAAGGCUGCUGAAAGGCUCAGUUCAGGAUUUCUAGGAGUCGGUUUGCAUGGAGUAUUGGAAGGCACGUUGGAGUCAAGGUUUUGGGCGUCUUGCAACUGAUACCACUUGUCGUUUAGUCAAUCGUUGAUUUUGUAUGAACAAUUCAUUCUGUCAGUGCAUCAUUCUUGCCUUACCCACCUUCUUUGACAUGAGGACUGGGUUACAGGUGAAUCGUCACGUGAUAUUAAAAGGGGCUCCAUUCGAGGAGUCAAGCUCGUCG